AUGGGUAGAUUCGGUGGAAGCUUUAACUUUGGUUCAAAGGGCCAUUCAUCCCCAGCAGCGCAUUACAGCAGUCCACACGGACACAAUGGCGUUCAUAGCCCGAGUUCGAAAAGAACAGGAAGUGAUAAAUCAUUAACAACGAUGGCGACAGUAUCACUAAUUAUUUCCUGUACAAUUUACAUUUCUCUGGGCAUUUUACUUAUUGUUACGUGGUAUAUUAUUUAUGUGGGAAAUAGGAAGUUGACAAAGAAAUUGAAAUCCGCAGAAGUAGCGGACAUUACAGCAGAAUAUAUCGAUAAAGAUGCACACUCAACCGUAGUUAUAAUGUACGGAUGUACCAUCAAUGGUGAGAACUGUUUAUCUGUUUUUCCGCUACGUGAAUAUGGACAUAGGCUUUUUGAGAGUGAGAUAGCAAUCGAUGAAAAAAUGCAAAACCGGUCAUACUUCAGAAAACACUUCAUACAGGUCAUGCUAUCCUAUUCGAAAGAACAAAAUAAUUUGCUCUAUAUUCCUCAAAGGAAUUUAAGAGAGAAGCGACCGUUUUUCAUGUGGUAUACGAGAGUAUUUAUUAGAUUUAAUGGAAAAAGCCUCGAUCAUCUGCUCAAUUCGGCCAUUGAAUUUAUUAACUGCGUGUUCGAACCAACGUUUUUCUCAAAAAACAAGGAGUUUAUUACGUUCUGCAUAUUAAACAAAUCUCGUAUUGAUGUUGAAGUGUAUCAAUGCACCGACACCGAACUUAUUCCUAAUGCUGGCGGAUCAUUCCACUUCGACGAAAAUUUGGCGGUUGAAUACUUUUCGUACAUCAUGGAUUCGCUCACUGAAAAGGUCGCAGCCGAGCAAAUUGACAAACUGAUUGAUACUGCCAUCUUCAAUGAGGAAAAGAUUAGGAUGUCUCUACAAAACAUCGAAAGGAGCUAUAAUAUUGUAAUUCCGCCUUCUCAACGCUGAACUAUUUGGUAUUGUCUGCCAACAAACAGCAUAUGUUUGAUAUGGUAGCGCAUGUUGUCACAUCAUAACUACGAUAUUUGUGUUGAGUAGCGUACGUCGAAGAACAUUUCAUGUGCUAUGUUGCAGGAUGAUGAUAAACGCCAACGGUAUUACAAAGCCAGGUAAAAGCUGAUAAUUAUGUCAUCACCGGAUUUUUAGUGCCUGUGUAAUUAUUUUAUCCGCUAUUGUGCAAGUUAUUGAUGUAACACCACCGGAUGCACAUCCUUCCAAAAAUUCACUUACUAUGAAUCUAUUAGCCCCUUGCUAACGAGCCUGUUUAUACCAUGGUAACAAUUCAUUAGCACUAUUCCUGUACCCUUGCAUUUAAUAAUGCAGAAUACGCCACCCGUCACUAUUUUUUUAAUUUGUUUUAUUUUGCAGUUCUUAGUGUAUCAUUCCUCUUCGUUAUUCUUUCUGGAUCCGUUUCAGAAGGUAAUUAUAAAAUAUAUUCAGAUGUGUUCAAGGCUAGAUACGACCGUACUAUCCUUUAUUACUAUUGUUCGCUUCUAUUUUUAAAUUAAUUCGCCGUUUUCUCGCUUUUUGUGGAACAUUGCACAUUUCAAGUUUUAGUUAAUUGUAAUUCAGAAAUUUAGAUGCUAGAACGUGAUAUCUUACUAAGUCCUAUAAUUCUAUCGGUACGUAUGCCAUAAAUUGUUGAUAUAUUGAAUUUUUGAAAUUAUAAUCAAAUCUGUAAAUGCAAUUGGACCAUGAAAAUAAUUUCUUGGUGGUUGUUGAAGAUAACGAACGCUUUCAACGGCUGUCCAAAUAAUAAUUUAAAUAUUUUGGUGCAGAAGAAAGGUUUGUACCAAUGAGUGCGGAAUAUCUUGCAAUAAACCAAAAUAAUAAUUCCGUU